GAAUUUGCAGUUCCCAAGGUAGUGUAGCGAGAGAUGGGAAAAACUGGGAAAUGGAUAAAGAAUUUCUUGACCGGAAAGAAAGGCACUAAGGAGAAGGUGGGAAGAAACAACUCUACAAUAACUUCUGGGGCAGGAAACCAGGUCCCGUCAACACCGCCGGUUUCUGCCGCCACCCCCAAAGAUAAGAAGAGAUGGAGUUUCCGGCGGUCAUCCGCCACCGCACCGCCUCCUGCUGGACAGCAACAAAACAGAGACUUAAAUGCCUCAGAGAACACUAUUAGCACCGCCACUCCUAAUGCCAAAAGAGAAGCGGUGGAGUCGGAUCACGACCAAAAGAUGCACGCAUUGGCGGCGGCUGCUGCCACUGCAGCCGCCGCCGCCAAGGCAGCCGUAGCCGUUCUGCAAUUAACUUCUGCUUCAUCUGGCAGAUCCUAUGCUCUGGAAGUGGCUGCCGCAAUCAUAAUUCAGUCAGUUUUUCGGGGUUAUUUGGCAAGAAAAGCGUUGAACGCAUUGAGAGGGCUAGUGAAAUUGCAGGCACUGAUAAGGGGGCAUUUGGUGAGAAAACAGGCGGCGGCUACACUAAGGUGCAUGCAGGCACUCAUCACAGCUCAGGCCAGAGCUCGAGCCCAGCGGCUUAAAAUGGCUGAGGAUCAAGAAAACCAGAGGCUAUCACUUCAUAGAACAUCUACCCAAGACAAUAACAAAUUCCAUCCCUCACCAUAUCAAGAUCUUGAUAGAGGGAUGCUGGAUGACACCAUCAAGAUUGUGGAGAUGGAUCUAGGAGCAACACCAAGGGGAAACCGAGACCACAUAUUAUCAACUCUAAAUGGGCCAUACCCAAAGCAUGAAGCCCAACAACACAUCUCCCCAGCCCCAUCCGGUAUGACGGAUCAAAGCCCAAGAGUUUAUAGUGGACACUACGAGGACUACUCAUAUUGCACCCCACAAAGCAGCCCACAUUGCCACUCCAAACCAACAACCCCAAUUCUCUAUAGCUCAGACUCACUUUACCACGAAUACCCAUUUUACCCCGGCUAUAUGGCUAACACUGAGUCUUCCCGGGCCAAAGUCCGGUCACAUAGCGCCCCGAAAACCCGGCCCGAAACGUUUGAGCGGCAGCCUAGCAAACGUAGACCGUCCAUUGAGGGGAAGAACUUGCCGAGAGCGGUCCGGAUGCAACGGUCCACGUCUCAUGUGGGCUCCACGCCGCAGAGUUACCAUUAUCCGUGGUCGAUCAAGCUUGAUCGGUCAAAUAUGUCGCUCAAGGAUAGCGAGUGUGGGUCCACCUGCAGUGUUCUCACCACCAAUACAAUGUACAACAGACAUGUGGUUGGCUUUGAUGUACAGGGAAAUAGGUACUAAUUACAUGAUAAACAAGAACGUGAGAAGAAAGUACACAAAGAAAGUACAACUAAUGAACUGAAAAGGAACAUUGUCAUGAAUUUGUAAUGCUUUGCUCACUUCAGUUUGAAUAUUUGAUACUCUUUGAUGUGGUGUCCAGUGUAUAAGUUUGAUAAAUGGUACAUUAAGUAUAUGUAUAUUGUACAACUUUGGUAUCUCUAGUCAUUUAUAUAUGAUAAUAUUGUUCCACGAGUUCAG